GGGGCCAUCUCGUCGUGGCCAACCUGAAAGCGGCGCUGAUGAGCAAGAACAGCCUGCUGUCCCUGAGGGCCGAGAUGAUGGGAGACGAUAACCCUUGCUGUUCGAGUACCUGCCCAAAGGAGCACACUCCCUGUCCUGGCUCCGCUCCAACAACUGCUGCAGCGCGCUCCGGCCGGGGGCCGCGGGGGCCACGGGGGCCACGGGGGCCACUAUUCAUAACAAACAGGGUGCUGGUUCCUUUCCGCCUCCUCUUCUUCUUCCUCUUCUUCUUCCUCCUCAACUUCCUCCACAAUCACCACCACCACUGCCGCCAUCAGCAUCAUCAUCAUCAUCAUCAUCAUCAUCAUCAUCAUCAUCACCAUCAACACACGACCCGUCCACUCCGCCCCCGCCCCUGCACCCCACUGAGCCCCGGCCCCCGCGGGCCCCCGGGGCGACCCGGCUGCUCUCAGAAGAGUCGGACAUGGAAGUGGAGGAGGCCUCCGACUCGCCUGAGGAGGGACAGAAAGGCAAAGACGACGUGAAAGAACGCGGCCCAGCUUCGGGAGGAGACGGGCCUCCCGCCGAGUCGGAUCAGAUGGCCGACGGGAGCCCUACGUCAGGGGGGGAGGCCGGUGGCCCGGCGGCGCGGGGCGAGGAGACCGGGCCGGGGGCCGGAGCCCCGCCAGAACCCGGCGCCUGGCCCCCGCAUGGGUUCCCGUGCUCCCUGUGCAAGCGGCUGUUCAGCAGCCUGGAGCACCUCAGGGAGCACGAGUACCGCCACACCCUGUCCCUGAUGGCCCUGUCGCUGGACUGGCCGGGCGCCCGCGACCGACCCGCGCCGCGGCCCCAGCCCCUCCACUACCACCAGCCCCUCUACCGCCCCGGGGGGGGUGCCCCGGAGGCGGCGCCGGCGCGCUACCUCUGCUCCCAGUGCCCCGCCAGCUUCACCCUCAAGUCCAACGCCGACCGCCACGAGAAGACCAUCCACUACAAGAAGAAGCUGAUGCAGUGCGCGUACUGUCUGAAGCACUUCAGGGAUCGCACGGACCUCCACCGCCACCUGUCCUCCGUGCACUCCCGGGAGAGGGGCUACGCCUGCCCCGCCUGCGCCAAGGCCUUCAGCACCCAGAAGAACCUGGCCACGCACGUCAAAGCGUGCUGCCAGCUGGGCCCGGGGGAUCUGCUGGCAGGCGGCGCCGGGAUGGAGAUGUCCCAGGGCGGGGUUAUCGAUUCGCUGUGGCGGCUGUCUCAGGAGAUGAAGGUUGACCAUCGCAACCUCGGCAUCGAUGUGGAGGAUCGAUAUGGGCUCGCGUGCGAAGCCUCGCACCUUCGUCCUGAAUAGAAGCGCUGCGGCGUCUUUGCACUGAGGAGGAAACAGAAAACACCUGACGCCAUGGUCAGAAGCACACACGGACACCUCACUCGUUUUGCAACUUGUGAAAUAUAAGUUUGAAUUAAUUGAGAUCUUAUAUGUCAAAAAUGCACAACUGCUACGCAAAGCUGAUAUUUUUAAACAGUGGACUGAAAGUAGAAUUGUUUUUUAAUAUAUAAGUUAUAUAUAUAGUUUUUGAGUAGACAGCACUGAUUGAACCCAGUAAAACAAUGGAGUGGAGAGACAGGUUGUGGGGGUG